AUGGCUUUCUCCCCGGUCUACUGGCUAUACUCCAUCAUUCAAUGGAUGCUCGACAAGAUCUUUUCUCCCCAUCCGCCGCCUCCGGGUACUCGACUCCGACGUCCUAAAAUCGCAGUAAUUGGAGCCGGCCUCACCGGGGUCUCUUCCGCAGCACAUUGUGUUGGUCAUGGCUUCGAGGUGACUUUGUUCGAGGCGGACGACAAGGAUCAUGUGGGAGGUAUAUGGACACAUGUCAAUUCGACUUCUGGCCUCCAAAUACACAGUGUUAUGUAUCGAUUCCAUCCAUCAAUCAAAUUUGACGGCGGUUAUCCGAAGCAGAAUCAGAUCGUCGACCAGGUACGACAGCUCUGGCAUCGUUAUGAUCUUGAUGAGAGGACAAAGUUCAACACCAAAGUCGAAAAGGUUUACAAGGACAAACAAGGACGCUGGAUCAUCAAUGAUCCCUCCAACGGCAGGUUUGAUGGCAUCAUUCCCGCGAUUGGAACAUGCGGCGAGCCCAAGAUGGCUCGUCUCCACGGCCAAGAGAACUUCAAGGGCGAGAUAUGUCACUCAUCUCAGCUGGACACCACGGACGCUAAGGGAAAGAGAGUCCUCAUUGUUGGUGGAGGUGCCAGCGCUGUCGAGGCAAUGGAGUGGGCCGUCAAUACAGGUGCUGCACAAAUCAAGGUUCUCGCACGAAGCGACAAAUGGAUCAUUCCACGAAACGCAUUUAUAGACGGGUUGCUCGCCUUCAACAUCUUUGGUCAGGAAACGCUUCUCUCUUGGAUACCCGAGAACCUGCUCCGCUUCUUCUUCUAUCGCGAUCUGAGGGAUAUCGCUCCGGCUGACCAGGGGCUGUUCACGGAAACGCCCAUGGUGAACAGUGACAUCUUCCAUCAAAUCAGGGCUGGCAAAGCUGCGUGGUUACGGGGCGAUAUCGAAGAAGUCCGUGAAGACGGCAUCUACUUCAAUCAUCGCGCCAAGGGUGUUCCCAAAGGUGGCCCAGGCCGGCACCAAUUGGUCGAAGGAGAUAUCAUCAUUAUGGCUACCGGAUAUAAGCGACCCAGUCUCGAAUUCCUACCAGACAAUGUGUUUGAAGAGGGCUAUAUGCCGCCUCGAUGGUUCAUUCAGUGCUUCCCUCCAGAAGAACCAUCUAUCUGUGCAAUCAACUCGACAUAUGUUUCGGCUAUUGGCACUGUGGGGAACUAUCAUAUCGGCAUCUACACACGGAUGCUGCUGAUGUUCCUUGCUGAUCCGCUGACCACACCUCAUACUUGGUGGAUGAAGCGAUGGGUGGACUUUACCAGUGCGAUCAAAUCGUUAGCCCCGACGAAAGCAUUCGACUUCUUCACCUACUCUGAACUCCUCUAUUGGUUCGGCUUCGUCACUUUGAUCAAUCCAUUCAGAUGGAAGUGGUUUUUCUUUGUGCUCUUCGGAAUUGGUCAGGACUUGCCGGCCAAGAUCGUGGAGCAGGAGGACAAGCUGAGAAAUGGAUUCGGCUAUGCGAAAAGCAAGAUGGACGAGUAG